AUGCAGAGCGAGUUCAAGGCCUCCAAGGAAUGGAAUGAAUCAACAAAGCAACUCGCCCAAGGCGCGACUGACUUCGUGGAGAGCGAGAAUGUCCGACGAGCGCGCGAGGCCUACGAGAAGACUACAGGUGCCGUCUCAACAACCGCGGGCAAAGUCUUGAAAGGCACAGCUGGCGCAGUCGGCAAGGGUGCGGCGUGGACGUGGGACACUUCUGUGAUGAAGGGUGUCCGAAAAGCGGCAAAUGUCACAGGCGAUGCCAUCGACAAGACGACCAAACCAAUCCGGGAUACAGAGGCGUACAAGAGUGUGAAGAGCGUCAUCGACGACGGCAGCAGCUCGAGAUAUGGCGGCUGGGUGGAGAAGGAGGAGCGGAGGAAGCAGAGGGAGCUGCGCGAGCAGAUGGAGAACCCCAACGGGCCCAGAAAGCACGAGGUUCUCGAGGAGGAUCCCAACGCCGGCACCAACGUCACUGUACACAAAGAUGCGCAGUGGAAAGAGGCUUGGACCAACUUCAAAGACUCGAACAAAUUCGUCCAGGGUCUUUUCGGCAUGAAGGAUGUGUACAAUGAGUCGGAGAACCCCCUGAUUCUUACUGCGCGAAGCAUAACAGACCGUGUGGCGGGCUUCUUCGCCGAGAACGAGACGGCAAUGGUCAUCAAGAGGUUCCGCUCGAUGGACCCUAACUUCCAGGUCGAGCCUUUUCUCCGCGAAUUGCGCGAGUACAUCCUUCCCGAGGUCCUUGACGCCUAUGUCAAGGGUGACGUCGAGACGCUGAAGCUGUGGCUGUCCGAGGCGCAGUACUCAGUGUAUGAGGCUCUCACCAAGCAAUACCUGCAGGCUGGCUUGAAAUCAGACGGUCGCAUCCUCGACAUCAGGCACGUCGAUAUUCUGAAAGCAAGGAUGCUGGAGCCUGGCGAGAUCCCCGUGUUCAUUAUCACAUGCAGGACGCAGGAGGUACACGUCUACCGGAACGCGAAGUCGAACGAGUUGGCUGCCGGCAUGGAAGACAAGGUUCAACUCGUCACUUACGCCAUCGGCGUGACAAGGACGCCGGAAGACGUGAACAAUCCCGAGACAAGAGGGUGGCGUUUGAUCGAGAUGCAGAAGAGCGCGAGGGAGUACAUCUGA